AUGUCCCCCGCGGCCACCUUCCACGCGCAGCUCGCCUCCAUCAUGGAGGUGCUGGCCAACACGGCCGUGGCGGAGAUCUGCGAGCUCGUGGACAGCGGCUACUCGGUGUUGCAGCUGGAGAUCUCGCGGAGUCGCAAAGAAAAUGAGGUGCUGCGGAGGAAACUGCGCCUCAUGGAGCUGCGGGCCGCCCGAGCGACCGCACUGCGAGCCGCGGUUACCGCCAGCGGCAGCGCGGUGCUCCACGCGAGCGGCCGCGCACGAGCCGAACUGAAGAGGAACGCGACCGCGACAGGUGAGGUAGUCUUGUCCAGAGUGUCCAAUCAGGCGAUGCCUCAGUGCAGAGACCACAACUCACCUGCAGAGCCGAGACAGGAAACCACACAGAGUACGCAGCCUGCAGAUGCUACCACAGCUGCUGUGAUCAAAGUGGAGGACGAUGACUGCGUAUCCUGGUCCCAGUCUGAGCCGGACAAAGGUUUCUGUCAUAACGAAGAGGGACAGGUGGAGGCAGAAGCUGCAAUCAAACAGGAAGCAGCAAACGAUGGUGGCAUCUCGUGGACGAGCGGGGAAGUCAGCUCUACCUCCACCUCUGUCCAGAACACCCAGAGGUCAGAAACCAGCAGUUACGACUGUUUGAUAUUUGAGCCACAGCUUCAGCAUGGCUCCCACACCACCCAAAAUCCUCUGGGAGCGGAGGCCGGCUGCUCAUCGGCGUCCAAUUCAGGUGGCAGCUUCACAUUCCCGCUCAGCAAGGUGAGUCUGUCUGCAGCAGAGCGACCUGCAGGUUUCCAGAGCAGCCAGCAGAGGGCGGUGCCUGCAGACGAGCUUCCUGUUAGGAAGGAGACGCCAGGAGAACAUCGCUCCUUCAUCCGGAGGGGCGGGUGGAGACAGGAUGCCAUCAGCAGAGCGGCAAGCCACAGAGGCGAGGAUGGCGGGGGAAAGUCGUUCGUCUGUAACUGCUGCGGGAAAAAGCUCGCCUGCCUCAAGAACCUCAAAACCCACAUGAGGGUCCACACCGGCGAGAAACCGUUCGUCUGUGCGCUCUGCGGUAAACGCUUCUCAGACUCCAGCAACCUCAAACGCCACCAGAGCGUCCACACGGGCGAGAAACGCUACGGCUGCGUCCACUGCGGCAAACGUUUUGCCCAGUCGGGAUCGCUGAAGGUCCACAUGACCGUCCACACAGACUGCAAACAGUUCAGGUGUUCGUACUGCAACAAGACAUUCAUAUCAGGCAGCCACCUGCGGCGCCACAUCACUCUCCAUGCAGGAGAGAAACGGUUUGGCGCCGUGCAGUGACAGCUGGGAGAAGCGGCAUUGCAGAUAUCUGCAGUGAGGUAGUCUCACAAACACGUGACCUACUGUAAAAAUGUGUAUCGUGUAUGUUUGAACACAAAACAGAUGUUCUUGGAUCACCUGCAAACGUUUUCACGUGUUUCAUUGGAACAUAUGGCAGCAGACAGUGUGGCCGUCGGGGAUCGGCUCGAUUUCAAGCCACUGCUUCCAGUUUUAAUCAGACUUCGGAGUCGCUCUUAGUCUGGUCUUCUUCCCAGGUGAGGAGACACCUGGACAGAUUAGGUCUUAAUAUUAAUAAUAACUUUAUAUAGCACUCUUCACCAGGUAAGAACUAUGUACAUAAAACAACACAAUCGAUCAUACAGCACAAAUCUAGUUAAAAGCCAGUCUAAAUAAAUGAGUCUUUAGCUGCUGUUUAAAAGAAUAAAUACAAUCAAGGCAACGUAAAGAUGGAGGCAAAGUGCUCCACAUCCUGGGGGCCACCGCUCUGAGAUCUGACUCCUGUGGUCUUUAAAUGUGUUGGUGGGACUACCAACAUCCUUUGAUUAGAUGAUCUCAGGCUGCGAGAGGGAGCGUGGUGUUCUAAAAGACCGGAGAUGUCGGCAGCAGCGUCACGACGUUAGAAGUCAGCACUACGAGUUUGAACUGGAAGCCAGUAUACUGAGAAUUAAACUGGUGUAAUGUGCUGUCUUUUUCGUGUCUUUGUUAAGAGCCUUGCAGCAACAGGUUGGCUGGGGACAUCCUCAGUGUCCCCCCCAGAGGAGCUGGAGGCAUCUGGUUCUCUGUCUAAACUUUGACCUUUGACCCAGGUAACAGAAGGAAGGCAAGAAAGGGCUUUGUGUCCAUCAGGUAUUUGUCUUGGGCGUCAAGGUUGUCAUGUUUAAUUAAAACUCAGCUUCAGUUAACUGUGUCCAUGCUUACUAACCUAAAACCAACAUGUAAUCGUACUUUCAGUAGUUUCAGUCUUUGUAAAUUUCUGAACCCAAAUAAAGCCCGAGGAGCUGUUGCACUUUGCCAGUAAAAACAAAGCAAAUCCACAAAAUCCAAAGCUAACAGCUCUGUUUGGAUAAAGAGGAUGGAUGCUGAAGUGUGGUCACAUCUGCAGAGAAAGAACUGCUCAAAAGAUCCUGAACUGAACUCUAUGGAAAAAGGUAACAGCCAAUGAAACUUCCAUGAGGGGAAAAAGACUUGAAGUGUAGGGGAAACGUUUUUAGUGGAUGGUGGUGUUUGAUUUAAACUCAAAACUGUUUUAACAAGUGAAUCCAAAGUGGGCGCUGAAGCCUCCUGGCUGGGCUGGGAACUCGUUUAAACUAAAUAAAUACAGUUUUGAAGCAAUUGUAUCUUAAAAUUUCCAUUAAACAUUUACAUUGAAGAAAACAUCCAUCCCACUGUCUCAUUUGAAGUUGGGUCAAAGUGGUAGCAAGCUCAGGAGGGCACCUGAGACUUUUCUAGACUUCUGUUUCUCCAGCAAUGGUUUCCAGCUCUUCCUGAGACGCUCCCAGGAUCAAUAUCAAGUGCAUUUCUGAUUUCCGCUGGAUCCUCUGGUGCCGAGGAGGCAUGCCGAUUGUGUCCUGAACCUCCUCAGAUGUAGGAACAGUAGAUCUAGGUGGAGCUCCUCACCUCCAUCUCUAAACUGCCGCCCAUGUGGGCCGAUGUGACGACCAGAGGUCGCCGACUGUUGAGUGAAGUUUAGAUACAACAAGCCAAGUAAACAAUAGUCUUUCCCUGAACUUGUAUGUGAGCGAUUAAAGAGACUACAGAUCCUGAGAGCAGCUCCAACACCUGAGCUUUCUGUGUGGCUUCCCCAACAAUCCAAAGACGUUCAGUUAUUGGGGAAUCUAAAGAGCCCAUAGCUGUGAAUGUCAAUGGUUCUCUGUGUCUCUGUGUUAGCUACGUGUCAGGUUGGUGAGCUUUCUGUGGCAGCUGGGAUAGGCUCCACCCUCUGAUAAGAAUAAGUGGAAGAGAACCUCUACUUCCUGUUUCAAAUUUCACUGGUCAUGGUGUCACCGGGCAGGGACCGAAAAGAAUCCUUCACAAGUCUUGUGGUUUUUCCAGUAGCAGGUGUUUUAUACAACGUUCAUGUGUGAAACUAGCCUGUGGUUGUGUGAAGGUAACAAAUGUUUAUGACUGUACAUCGAGUUUCAUUGUGACUGACGUGUAACUGAAGAAACGUGAACGAACUUCCUUUUUCUUUUUUAUCAUUUUUAAUAAAAGCAGCUGCUAAAAUCAGAGCGCUUUGUUUUUGUUUUAAACUAUUCUGAUCACUUGAAAUUUGAUCCUUUAGGCGUCUCAGUUUUAACAUGACAAAAGUGGAGAGACUGAGUCAGGUUUAUUUUCUUUUUCCUUCCUCUACUUCCAGGUGAUAAGAUGUAGGUCUGAAGAGUGAAGCCGUAGAAGGAGCGCUUCAGUCUGGUGUUCCUUCUAAUGGCCGACUGGGUGCGAUUCGUGUGGCUGGUUGCUUCCACGUUCUGUACCCUCAAACGCUUUCCUGACCAGGUUUCGGUUUUCUUAACUAGUUUAAACUUGUACUGAAUUCAGCACAAUAUUAUUAUUUUUUUAAAUACAUUUUGGUCCCAUUGAGAGCCAAAAAAGAUAAAGCACAAAGUUUUGACUAUAUUAACACUACCUUCACCUUAAGGUAGCAGCUUAUUUGAUUAGGAUUUCAGGCUCGCUGCAGGGUGAAGGUCCAGCCAGUGAUACUGAAGAAAUUUGAGUUCAUUCACCAUCGAUGUAAUCAUUAACAAAAACUAAAAAGUCUGAAUCGCUUUCAGAAGCUGCCAAUGGGACCAUCACAUGAUCCCCAAGUUUUGCAUGUUUUGCUGAGAAGCUGCAGCUCAUGGCCACUUCCUGUUGGAGCCGUUAAAAAGAAAAGAAAAGGUUAGACUGAUUUAAGUUAACUUGAGAACCCACGAAAGUUCUCAAAUUGAUUUAAACUCACACAUCAGCCAAAUCUAAACGGACAGCAUGGAUGGACACGAGUAGAUUUGAUGAGAUCUGUAAAGUUGGAAUUUCUGAAAUCUGUAGAAGAUGAUGGAUUCCUGCUUGUGGGUUUUAUUUCCUGGGCGGUUUCUCUGACAGUUCUCAGGUAUUCGGGCUUUGCUUGCAGCUUCAGGUUCAGUCUAAACACAUUAAAGCACACAACAGUCAAGACUCAACACUUGCAACUCUUUAUGUGCAAAAGGAAUCACCCGAGUGACUAGUUUCAGCUGUUGAACAGGUGUUAACUGACUACUCACACCUGACAGCUGACAUUUUAUGAAACCGUGAAAUCCAUGACCGUCAAUUUAAAUCCAUUUAAAACAAAAUACAGAUACACAGUUUGUCUUUGUAAUAUAGUUUAAUGGAUCAUAAACAUUCACCUUAGCUGAGACUAAAUAUAGCUGACAAAAUCCCAAAUACUGUAAAAGUUCAUUCUCAAAGCACAGCGCCAUCAACAGGCCAAAGGCGGAUUUGCAGACUGAAACACAGCGAUCCACACUGUAAGAAAUAAGGAUUACUUCAUCCUUUAAACAGUCAUUUCAGAGGCUGAUUUCACACUGAUUCACAUGUAUACAUUCAGAAUUUGUUUCUUUGCUUGAAGUUCAAAUUAAAUUUGAAUUUGUGUCUUGUUUAAGGUGAAAUUUUACAGUUUAACUUCCAGAGACUCAAAGUACGAUAAAAUACAAUAAAAAAAAAAAAAGAUACAAUAAGUGCUGUUACAAGCAAGAAUUCCA